GCUACAUGGCGACCUGUGAAUACUGACACGCUGCUGUAGCGCUUUCUAAUUCGAAUAUUACAUUUAUCAUUUCAGCAUAUUCUACAGUGAGAAUUAAAGAUGGAUUUGGUGGCUAAAUUAUUUGCACAGAACAGAAAAGCAGCGCUGUGUAUGACUGGAACAGCGGUGGCUUUGCUCGGACUGGCUCUGGGUUGCAGAUACAUGCGCAGACAGAGAAAGUUAACUCAGGUCGGAGUUGUUUCUCAGCUGUUGCUUCAUCCGCUAAAAUCUGGAAAAGCGCUGCCUGUCAAUUCAGCUGAGUGUCUUAAAAUGGGACUAAAGUGUGGAGAGCUUCAGGAUCGUCAUUGGCUGGUUAUCACUGAAGAUGGCCACAUGGUGACAGGAAGACAGGAGCCUCGUCUAGUUCUGGUGUCUCUGACUUGCGAGGGCAGUCAGCUCUGCCUAAAUGCUCCUGAUAUGGAAGAGCUACGGGUACCCCUUUACCAGCCUGCAAAUCCCAUUUUCAAAUGCAGGGUGUUUAGUUCAGACACAGAAGGCAGAGACUGUGGGGAUGAAGUAUCUAACUGGCUCAAUCGAUAUUUGGCAGCAGGCAAGACUUUUCGUUUAGUGCACUUUGAACCCCACCUGAAGGCUCGGGAGGCUCAGAAAGGCUUUCCAAAGGAUGAAAAGGUGGCUUAUCCGGAUGCUGCUCCUGUCAUGUUGAUGUCUGAGGCUUCUGUGAAUGACCUUAGCAGCAGACUUGACCGCGACAUUUCUGUUCGUCAGUUCCGGCCCAGUAUUGUGGUCAGCAACUGUGAGCCUUUCAGUGAGGACACAUGGGAGCAUGUACAGAUUGGAGAAGUAGAGAUGCAGCGAGUCAUGGGCUGUGGAAGGUGUGUUUUUACCACUGUUGAUCCUGAAACUGGAGUCAUAACCAGGAAGGAGCCACUGGAUACUCUUAGAACUUAUCGACUAACCGACCCUGCUCAGAAAACUGCACCAAUACUUGGACAGUACUACACGGUCAAGAAAACUGGAGCCCUCCAUGUUGGUGAUCCCAUUUACUUCAUUCAUUACUGAGACAAAACAAGGUGGAUACAUUAAAAUCCAAGUCAAUCACAAAUACAAUAAUAAUUUGUUUAAAGGUGCAUGAAAUGCAUCCAUCAUAAGAUGCUAGCUAUAAAGUGUUUUCUAUUUGAAAGCACUAAUGAUUGAGGUGGAGUUAAGGAUUCUUGGGAACAUGUCUGUGACGUGAUUAACAGAUUUAAUGUAACCCAUUAAGUGUGGUAUUUUAAAACCUUGUCAAAUGCAUUUACUUUUGCAGCUGUAUUGCAAAAACAAAUCACUGUUUGCUGACCAGAUUUCCACAUUUGUUAAAAUUCUACUGCUUUGCAAAAUUGUGAAAUCUCAGUUACCAAAUAUAGACCACAUAUUAAAAACAAGGCUUUUAAUUCAUAAUAAGAAAUACAAUGUAACUAUAAUUAUCACAGUUUAAAUCAUUAUUAGGAUAGAAUCAACUGAACAGUUGCACCCCGAAGGCACUGGUCAGGUAUCUACAUAAUUAUCCAUAGGCCAUUGCUGCUGGCCCAUACCGAUCAAUAACUCAAAUGACUUCUACAGAAGUGUCCUCCCUAUAGCUAUUUAUAGACUGCCUUUUGGUAAUGUAUUGGGAUUUCUUUGGGCAGACAUUAUUUUUCUUUUUAUAUUGGAUGGUUAAAGGUUAAGGAAAGCAGGUUUCCCCAAAUACUUGCUUUCAAAAUUAGCAAAUUUCUUUAACAAGACAAGAUGUUUUUGCACACAGAAUGUUGCUGUUUGUUACAAUUUAUUCCAUCAUUAUUUUCAACAUCAUUUUCCAGUGGUUGGUUGUCACCAUGUGCUGAUAAUAUUACUGUGCCUCUGCAAAUCAAUCAGUGUUUGGAGCACAUCACAUAACAUUUGUAACUUAGGUUAUUGGCUCAAACAUGCUCAUGAACCAGAUUAUGUGCCAGUGAGUAAACCCCUUAAAAUGAAUGAAGUCUAAUGUUAAACAGUCUCUGGUUAUUAUAAUACCUCAGUGGUCUCCUCAUUUAUUAGCUGGACAGUCAAUCGGUUAACAUUUAAUAGUACUUUAUGUAAUACUUGUAUUUUAUGUAAUGCUUUGCAGGUAAUUGCUAGGCCAGUGCUAGGUGUACCUGGUAUUCAAAACAAUACAGUAUUUUUAAACAUUAAAAUGAUUAUGUAUGUCUGCAUAAAAGUUUAGUCUACAACUAAAUUAUGAUAAUAAUUAUUGGCAUCUUUUAUGACACAUGAUUUAUAUAGGAAAACUUAAAUUACACCACAAGCUUUUCAUUAAUGUCUUUACCACAUUUGGAUGGUGUAAAUGCAUUUCAAUUCAGCAUUAAAAUUCUUUGAUUACCUUGCAGUUAAUAUUACUUACAUGAUAUUUUGAUACCAUUGAUCGUACAGUUGAAAGAUCUCUUUUCUCUUGAUUAAAAAUACAUUAAAAUUUGCUUUGUUACUAAA